CAAACAUUCUCAAACACUUUUGUAUGCCAAAAGUCAAGAUCCUAAAUCCCAACUCGAAGUUAUUAUAUCUGGUAAACUAUGAACUUGUAAAACAAGUUAAUUAUACCAUUGCAAUUAUAGACCUCCAAAGUUGGGAUAAACCAAAAUUAGAGGACAUGAAGAGGUCAAUAAUACCGGAUCAAAAAUCCGGGCUGCGUGGAAACGUGAUCGAACACUGAUACCCGCAACUUUUUUGAGAUCAACAUGGUCGCCUAAAAGCUCCUAAGCCAGUACCAACCACGUGUUACCGACACGCCUCCGACACGAAUAAGAGGCCGUUCAUAAAGCUCCGGUACCAUUCCUUGGGAGGGGAUGAUGUUCCAUCACCCUUGUCGAUGCUGCAUGUGAGCCGGUUCCCUACCAAGUUCAGUGGUUGAGUUUUGCCUGAUCAAGUAACGGGCGAUCAGGUUUAGGGUUUAGGGUUUAGAUAAAGUAACGGGCGAUCAGGUUUGGCCAACUACUUGCAAGGUACUCAUCCCGCCAUGGCCAGCUCGUCUGAUUGGAGGGCCAACCCUCUGUACUACGGAAUUCGGGAGGUUGGUACUCUCUUCUUACAGCAGCCUCGUAAGCGUGGAGAUGUUCCACCAAGAACAUCUACUGUAAGACUACUGUAAGAUUGCAGGGAAACUGGGUGAGACGCGAUACAGAAUGUUAUGUAAUGACACACGCCUCGUCCUUGAGGUGAUUUUCAUCUGCCAAGAAGAGCUGGAGUUAGUUGGGACCUGCCUGCGUUCAAUCCGAAGACGAUUGAACCCGAAUCACAAUGAAACAGAGGAGAAGAGGAGGCUGAUCAACCACGACUUCCUCAUUUUGAAGAUUCAACCUGGAGAGGGCCCUGCGCUGUACAUCAAGGCUGAAAAAUUAUUUGGCGUCGAUGAUGAAGGCAGUGGACAAGGAAUUCAUAUCUCCGUUGAAGCCGAUGAAGACGACCGUACCCGGGCCAUGUUGUGCAGAUGUGGUCUUCACCGCAUCGAGUGCGGUAUUGGUGUUCGCCUUGAUUCCCUCAUUGCCGUUCUGAAGAAGUGGAAUCCAUAUUACGAUGUGAAGAGGGACAAUUGUUGGGACUACGCGAGGGAGACUACCAAGCUGCUGUUGGGAGCAUGCAUGGAAAUAGUUGGGAGUGGACAUCCCAAGCAGAAGAUGUUGCAGAGGGAUCUUGAGCAAUUGGAGACUAAACUCGUCAAACACCAUCUUGUCAACACAGGUUUGAGGGUUUUGAAUUAUGUCAAAGCUGUUGGACGGAGAGUGAUCUGGGGACCACGUAAGUCAGCCGGCUAAUCGCGGAACCUGUUGGCAUAUUAGAUUGAUGGAGCAGAUUGUGCACUUGAUUGUGUAGUGGUUUACCAAACAAUGAAGUGUUUCUGCUGAGGUGGCACUUGUCAGCAGUGGGAUAGAGAGCUUCUUCAGAAAUAGUAGUCAACUUUUUGCAGUGAGGUCUGAUGAUUCUGUCUCUCCACUGUUUUGCACUGAUGGCGGCCUUGUACCUUACAGGUAGUGGCCCUUGCUAAUCUCGCAUUACGUCAGAGUUUCAAUAAUUGUGGCAUGGCUACUCUUCAUCUGC